CACCACUACCACUGCUGCUGUCCGAUCGGGCUCUGGCCUGUCUCCCGCGGGUAAAUUCUCGGAUUUCUACAGUGAGCCGUUCGGAUUGGGUGCAGGGGAGCGAGGGGUAAGAAGAGGAGGAGGAGAAGGAGGAGGAGGAGCGGGAGAGGGGGGGGAUGGGGGGGCGGGUGACGACGACGGAGGGGUGGGCUUCUCUGACCCGUCUCUGUUGCAAGGUGGUAGUCGCACCGGCUUCCGGGGGUUUAUGGGCUCUGGUGCGGGUCUGCUCCAAGGCAGGAGCAGUGGCACAAGCAGCAGCCGCACAGGCAGUGGCCACACAGGCAGCAGCCGCACAGGCAGCAGCCGCAUGGGUUUAGGGGGUUUCUGGGGUCCGGGUCGGGGCAACUGAUAGAGAGUGAGCAGCUGGGAGUGGACACGGUUAAUCUGGAGCAGGUGGAGCUGCCUGUAGCGGGGAUGGAGGGAGCAGGGUUCUGGAGUGAGGAGGAGGGGAGGUCGUCGUUUGGGGAGCACUCGAGAGGGAGCGGUUGGAGCACUAGAGAGGGCGAUUACAGUGCUGGUGGUGGCGCUGGCGGUGGUGAUGGUGGCGGUGGUGGCGGUGGUGGAGAUAGGGGGGGGCAGGACAAGCAGCAGCAUCAGCAGCAGCAGUUCAGGAGCUUGGCUCGCGACCUCUCGAGCACGGUCUCAAGUUUGCAGCUGACGAUUUCGUUUCAACAGGCCACGGGCCACGUUCUGUCGUGCAUGCACCAACAGGGCAUGGGGCGAGCAUCAAGGCCGCACCCGCAUCUCCCUUCGCCUUCCCUGCGAGCUCGUCCACCCCAGACCACACCCCCUCAGUUCCGGGGAUUCAAGGCUCCAAAUUCCCAGAGCCAGGACGGCAAUUUGCCGCCUCAAAGCACUGGGGAGGCGGCGAGACAAGGGGAGGCGGUGACUGGUGGAGGUUCAGAAGGGAGGGCGGGCGCUUUUGAGUCGACGAGAAAAGAAAGCAGUGGGGGGGCUGGAGUGGCGCCACUGCCACCGCCACUGCCUCUGCCACUGCUAAGGCUGGUGCUGCUGGUGCUGCUGGUGGUUCUGCUGGUGCUGCUGGUGGUGGUGCUGCACAUGGGAGGCAGGAGCAGCAGCAGAGGGGGGUUGCUGGAUGCUGCUGAUCCUGCUGCUGUGGCUGCUGCUGCUGUUGCUCAGCAUCAGGCAGAGGUUUCUGCUGCUGCCGCCGCUGCUGCUGCUGAUGGUGCUGCUGCUGCCGCCGCUGCUGCUGGUUCCGGUGCCGGUUCUGGUUCUGGUGUUGUUGCUGCUGCUGCUGGUGCUGCUGGUGCUGCUGCUGGUGCUGCUGCUGGUACUGGCGGCGGUGUGAGGGGCAAGUCUUCUUGGAUACGGAGCAUGCUCCGAUCCACGUUUGGAGCUGGAAAGGCCCCUCCCUCUCCUCGCCGCCCUGCUGCUCCUGCUGCUGGUGCUGCUGCCGGUGGUGCUGCUAGUGGUGCUGGUACUGCAGGUGCUGCUGCUGCUGCUGCUGCUGCUGCCGGUCCUGGUGGUGUUGCUGCCGUCGCCGCCGCUGCUGCUGCUGCUCCGGGUAGUGGGGCCAACAGUGCAGCAGAUGGUGGUGCUGCUGACAGCACUGCUAAGGGCAGGAAUAGUGCCGGGUGGAAGGGAGGGGAGGGGCGGUGGAGUGGGGAGGGAGAGAGGAGGCAGAGGAGUGCAAGUGGAGGGGAUGUGUUGAGAGGGAGUGGCUUCGGGGGGCCAGGGGGGGGAGGACGGUCGGCCACAACAGGAUCGCUGGAUUUGGGUCGCUCAGACCCUCACUCCCUGCCUGGUGACGCUGCUUCACAUGCUGCUGCUGCUGUUGCUGCUGCUGCUGCUGCUGCUGCUGCUCCUCCUGCCCCUUUGCUGCUGCUGCUGGUGUUCCUCCCAGCGGCAGCAGAGAUUGCAGCUGGGAUGGCAGCAGGGGUGCCAGCAGCAGGGGUGAUAGUAGGGAGGCCAGCAGCAGUGUCAGGGAUGACAGUAGGGGAUGAGCACGAGCAGCAGGGCUGGCAGCUGUGAGAUGGUGCAUGUGCCUGCGGUGGUCGAUCUGCAGCUCUUCCACAUAGCAGGCUGCUCCGACCUCGUUGCCACUGUACACCUGUCCUCUCCUCAUUCCGCGUCUCUUCAUGCACAACCCUCCAAGCUCAAGCCCACAAGGUCACAACCGCUACAGUCACCAUCGCAGCUGCAGUCUCCCUACUCCACGCCACUUCCCUUGCCGCAACCGCAUGCACACGCACAUCACCCACUGCAGUCAACGCAGCAGCCGCAGCAGCAGCAGCAGCAUCAGCAGCAGCAGCAGCAAUGGCAGCAGCCGCAUCAAUCCAACACAGCCCCGGGUGAAGCCCAGCCGCAGACACUCCAACCUCCACCCAAUCUAUUCCUCCAACCUCACCCUCACCCUCUUAACCCUUACCACGUGCAGCACCAUCCACAGCAGCAACAGCAGCAUUAUCAGCAUAAAGGAGCGUCCCAGCC